AUGGACGUUGACGCCACGUCAUCGCCAAAUAUUUACUUGCAAGACCUGGUGAGUUUUGGGCGCGGUCUCCUCCGUCAAGGGCUAGUUGUCCAGGACAGCACGGUGAAAAACAGCUCUCUCCCCGUGGACACGUUCGCGAUCCUCCUCAUCGACAACUCUGUCGUCUAUAAGAACGCCGGGGAUAUCAGAGUGCUGGACAGGAGCCACCUGCACCCCGGCCAGGUGGUCGGGUCGGCGUCCGACAUUGCCGGCCAGAUCGGCAUCGUUACUAGCGUCUCCACCUUGCUGGACCUAGCGGAGCGUGAUAACCGGGGCACAGCCACCGGGGUCAUCAGGGGUGUGUCCCCGUCUAACCUGCGGCGAGUCAGGAGCCUCAAUCUUGGGGACUUCGUCGUGUCCGGGCCGUGGCUCGGUAGGGUUGUGGAGUUGUCUAUUGAUGUUGAUGUCUUGUUCGACGAUGGUGCUGUAUGCAGAGUUACCGACGCAAAGUCCAAGAUGCUACUGAGACUGGAUGCCGAGCAUAAAGAUUACCGCAUUCAAAUGAACUGUGACUUGUACCCGGGGCUGAGUGUCACCGGGAGAAACCCUUGUUCCCUCUUUAAGGCAGCACGUUGGCUUAACGGCUACUGGAAUCCUGGUCGUAAAGUAGGCACUGUCAUCAAGGUGGAGACGUCUGGCGUUCUCGUCUACUGGAUUGCGUCGAUGCAUUGUGGCACGAACAAGGAGCUUGUCGAGGCAUCCGCUCCGCCAGCAUACCAGCACCCUCAUGACCUGACCUUCUUCUGCGCCGCGCGCAUUUGCAGCUGGGGGGUAGCUGACCAUUGCUUCUUUCGAGCACCUAGUUCCACCAAAACUGACGAUGAUAAUGGAGAUGUGUCUACAGCUCACGAUCAGGAGGAAGAAGAAGAGGAUGAGGAGGAGGAGGAAAACAACCACCCAUGCUUUGAAAACAACGAGGACGUGAUUGACGAUGAGCAUGAAGGACUAAUUGCUCAUGUGGUACCGCACAUGAAGCAGAAUAAUGGCAUUCUUCAUUCGAAUCAGCUGAGGAAGGUCUUCUUCGAGGGGCACAGACGGGGGCGACGCCCACAAGUUAGGAGGCAUGUGGAAGUCGAAUUUCCCAUGACCGUCGCCAGCACCAGGACCUCUGUUGACGUGCUAUGGCAGGACGGCACCCUGCAGCAUGGCAUACCUUCAGCGACCCUUGUUCCCUUUUCUUUGAUGAAUGAGCAAGAGUUCUUCCCGGGACAACACGUCGUCGAGAACGAUACCUCCGUUGAUACUAAUGGCCAUCACGAUGGUGCAACAAGACGUGUGGGCGUCGUCAGGAGCCUGGACUGCAAGGACCAGACGGUUUGUGUGUCAUGGUUCAAGAAGGGGAUGCGCCCUGGCAAGGCUAAGGAUGUCGAGUGCAUUGAUACCAUGAGUGCAUAUGAUCUCAAAUCGAGCUACUCACCCUACUACGGAGAUAUAGUUGUCCGCCUUGUACAGUCAGAAUCAACAAACGAUGGUGGUAGUACGGCGUUAAAUAUCAAAAAGAAGAAGAAGAAUGCCACUGAUGAUCUUUCGUGGGUGGGGCAUGUUGUUGACCUUCCUGAUGGACACGUCCAAGUCAAGUGGGGUGAUGGUAGUAUGUCAACGGUGUCUCCGCAUGAGAUCGUUGUCGUCAACGAGGACCACUACAUGGAUCUAUGGACUGAAAUGGGUGAUUGGGUGGAGGACGAUGGCAUGGAUGAUGCAGCUCAACAGCCGCCUGCUGCCAACACGGACAAUAAUCUGCAGAACCCAGCCAAAUGUAGCGAUGUUGAAAACGACGACCCAACAGCGAUGACGACAAGCCUUUUGGGUUCUGCCGUCCUGUCUUUGUUUCGUUUGACCGGCGACAUGGUGGCUCGAGGUAAGGGAUACCUGAAAAAUCUCCAGCCGCCGCCGUCAUCCUUGUUACCUGCGGCAACGGAGAACAUCGCUGCUGCCGUGACAAGUAAGCCUGUGGAUCUGAAGUGCCACGAUAUUGCCAAGGAUGGGAUGAAGGCUACUGAUGCCACCAGCUCCUCCGAUGAAUCGUUCAGCUUCCCACGUUUCGAUGUAUUGCAAAUCACCCCUGAGGAUCACCAUUACCUUGACCACUCAGACCAGGGCGGUAGUCGUGUGAAGAAUUGGGCCAAGGCAGUGCAAAAGGAAUGGAAAAUUCUAGAGAACGACUUACCAGAAACCAUAUACGUACGAGCAUUCGAGGACCGCAUGGACCUUCUCCGGGUAGUGAUGGUGGGCGCUAGCGGGACACCAUACCAUCAUGGACUUUUUUUCUUCGACUUGCAGCUACCAUCGUCCUACCCAGCUGAGCCACCCCAAGUGUAUUACCACUCCUACGGCCUACGCCUCAAUCCAAACCUCUACGAGUCUGGUACCGUGUGCCUCAGUCUGCUGAACACGUUCGAUGGCGAGGGUACCGAGCUCUGGUCAUCGAUGACAUCAACCGUGCUCCAAGUUGUUGUCUCCAUCCAAGGCCUUGUCCUCAAUGACCAACCAUACUACAACGAGGCCGGAUACGAGACCCUAGUAGGCAAACCAGAGGGUCAUCGCAAUUCGCUGCCCUACAGUGAGAAUGCUUACCUUCUCAGCCUUCGGACCAUACUCCAUGUGUUGCGCCGGCCACCUCAGGGAUUUGAGGAAUUCGUCAAGGACCACUUCCGCCAACAGGGAAGGUUUGUGCUCAGGACAUGUGAUGCGUGCCUGCGGGGAUGCAUCGUCGGUGAUGCCCAUGCCACCGAAGCGAUGAAGGAACAUCCAUGCUCAGCCGGGUUAAAGCUUGCGGUCGCCAACAUGUUGCCUAUCCUCGUGGCAGCUUUCACAGAGAUCGGCGCCCAGCGGUGCGAAGAGUUUCAGAAGUCAUAUGCUCUCAGCACCGCUCACUCGUAUGUACAUCACAUAAAUAUCUCAAAUUAA